CGCACACUCACAAGGCCGGCCUGGGCUCGCACUCCCCCAGCGGGCCCUGCCUGACUUCUGGGGCGACCCCCUUCCCUCUCCGCUCCCCCACCGGGCCUCCGCCAAGGAAAGAGUAAAACCAGGGGCAUUUUUUAGUCCGUAAGGGUCCUUUGGACUUGUGAAAAUCACCAGGAGGCAGCCUGGAGGCUGUGGGGGUCACGACGGCCGGUCUGGAGGGGUAAAAGAAGUCACCCAAGGUCAAAGGGGCCGGUAAGAGUUACCAGGUAUCACCCAAAGGCUUGUAGGGGAGGUCGCCAGAGGUCGACUGGUGUGGGGGGAGGGUGGCAGGAAGCACAAGAGAUCAUUAAAUCCAUUUGAGUAUUCACCAGAGGUCAGUGGAAAGGGUUUGUGCACACAAGUGCGAAGGCUGGGCCUCAGCCUGGCUCCAGGAAGUGCCCGCGGUGCCAAAGAGCGGUGCCAAAGAGCGGUCGGAGGUGCGCAGGCCUCGGUGCUGGGGAAGGAAGAAGCGCGUCUCCCCCAUCCCCGGCCCCAGCUCCUGAGAGCGGCUCCCCGGCGCUGAGCCGGAUGGUCCCGCCAAGGAGCCUCACCCCUACCGCACGUGAGGCCUGCCGCCUCUUUUCGCCCUUCCCCCUUGACAACAGGCCUGUUGCCUGGAGAUGUGAGCGUGCUGGCCGGUGGGGGCUAGAGGCAAAAGUGCAAUGUGCCUAAGGGAGCCGCAAAUUCUCCAUCUCUUCUUCGGACAGCCCUUCGUGGAGGGCUCCCAGCACACUUUCGCCCUGUAGGGCUUGGUGAAGCUCCUUUACGGCGAGUUUCCAGGCCGCCCCGGAUUUUCCCGAAUUCUCCCGUUUAUGUGACUGAGAAACUGAAGAAGAAUCCGGCGGGAAGAAGGGGCUCCAGCCCGGCAGGAGCAGACACAGAGGGUUGCCAAGCCCGAGGCGGAACUGGGGCGGGAGCCGCACCUCACGCUUUCGGACAAGCUGGGCGCUACGUUCGGACCUUCAGACAACUGAGAGCGAAAGAGCCCGGCGUAAAGGAGGCGCCUCCGAGGCCUUGCCCACUAAUUCAAAUUGCACCGCGUCCCCAUUUGGCGGAUAAACAGACUGAGGGCGCCCGGGACACGGCGGCUGGAAGGGAGAGGUAAGUAGACUGGGUUUCCAGCGGUUUCGAGCGACCAGCCCUUCCCCUUGCGUUGUAGGCGAAUGACCACGCUCCGCUGUCCGUGGUAAGACCGCCACCCUACUGCCAACCCGCUUGACCCCACCCCCGGAGGCGCUAAGCCAAUCAGGCCCGGGGGGAGGAGGAAAUGCGCUCUUCGGGUACCACCCUCCUCUAGAUAAGCCUGGAAUGUCAAAUAUUUGUUCGGUGGGCGGGGCGCAACUGCUAGUUAAGGCCCCUCCCCCACCCAGCCAGGAGCUCGCGUGCGCCAGGCUAAAUCGGGCCUUCCUCCCGGCCACGCCCUUGCAGCUAAUUGCACUUCACCCCAACAGCACCCCAGCCUCUCCUAAAACUUCCCUGGCGUGCAUUGCCCCUUGUCAGGCUCCAGACUGGGCUCUGCUCCAAGACGACGGAGUCCCGGGCCAUCCCGGCGCUACCUGAUCUAAAUCUCACCCUUCCUGGCCUCCCCAUCCAUUCAACCUUCAGACCUUCGCGCUGGGCCCUUCCAUAUUCUUCCUUCAGCGCGGGUCUCAAAGCCGGGUUCCCGGGAAGCCUCCCCCUCGAGGUGCUGUCCUGAGCGCAUUCCCAUUGGAGAGACAUUCAUGCGUGUACAGGUCCCUGCGGGGUAGUAACCCCAAGCGUGGGGCGGCUCCCCCAAAACUCCCGUGCACCUGUCCAACAGCCUCCACCUACAUGACAAUUCCCGAUGUUUGGACUCUUGAAAAACUAAAUUCGUUAAAACAACCUUAGGCCCCCUGCUUUGCUGAGCUCCCUUACUCAUCUUCAGAUGGGUCCUCCCAGAUCACACCAUUAAUACUAAACAACCCGCACUCCUGUCCCCCAGCCGGCUCUCAUGUCUCCUUUCUGCCAGCACUAAACCAGCUACUAACAAGAUAAAUCGUUUAUUGUCUCCCUACCCCACCAUCCACCCACCCGCGAGAAUAUCAGAUCCUGGAGGAAAGGCUCAACCCCAGAGCCUAUCACUGGGCCUGCCAGGCACAUAGGCUCAAGAAUGAAUGAAUGGUUGAUUAAGCUCUCUUCCCGUAUCCAUGAAAAGUAACCUUCCCUGGGGCCACAGGGCCUUUCACUAGAGUCUCAUCUGUGCCCUUUCCUCCCCUCCCAACACACCCUUGCCCUAGUUAACCUCUGCCCUCCCUCCAAAUUUUCCUCUCUCAAGGCACAUCCCUCCUUAGCAGGGGUCCCCACUGUAGUUUGAGAUUUCUGUAUUUCACUGAUAAAUGUCCCCCAGCCCCACACUGCUACUAGCUAGUGUUCACGAAUCACGAAUGAAUGAAUCGGAGAUACGGUACGCGGGAGGAAUCAGCGAGGCUCCAACGGCAAACCGUACUCUGGGUACCUGGGAAAAAGGAACUUGGUCCAUCGAGCCUGCCCGCAAGCUAGCGGAAUCCCAUCCUCACUUCAGCCCUUGGAAGCCUGCCACUAAGGCAGCCGGCGCUCCAGCCGCAGUGCCCGGUGAUUUGGGCAACCAGCUGGAGGCAAAGCUGGACAAGCCGACAGUCGUGCACUACCUCUGCUCCAAGAGGACAGACAGCUACUUCACACUCUGGCUGAACCUGGAACUGCUGCUGCCUGUCAUCAUUGACUGCUGGAUUGACAAUAUCAGGCUGGUCUACAACCGAACGUCCCGCACCACCCAGUUUCCUGAUGGUGUGGAUGUACGUGUCCCUGGCUUUGGGAAGACCUUCUCACUGGAGUUCCUGGACCCCAGCAAAAGCAGUGUGGGUUCCUAUUUCCACACCAUGGUGGAGAGCCUUGUGGGCUGGGGCUACACACGAGGUGAGGACGUCCGGGGGGCCCCCUAUGACUGGCGCCGAGCUCCAAAUGAAAACGGGCCCUACUUCCUGGCCCUCCGCGAGAUGAUCGAGGAGAUGCACCAGCUGUAUGGGGGCCCCGUGGUGCUGGCUGCCCACAGUAUGGGCAACAUGUACACGCUCUACUUUCUGCAGCAGCAGCCACAGGCCUGGAAGGACAAGUAUAUCCAUGCCUUUGUGGCACUGGGUCCGCCCUGGGGGGGCGUGGCCAAGACCCUGCGCGUCCUGGCCUCAGGAGACAACAACCGGAUCCCGGUCAUUGGGCCUCUGAAGAUCCGGGAGCAGCAGCGGUCUGCUGUCUCCACCAGCUGGCUGCUGCCCUACAACUAUACCUGGUCACCCAAAAAGGUCUUCGUGCACACACCCACAGCCAACUACACGCUGCAGGACUAUCGCCGCUUCUUCCAGGACAUCGGCUUCGAAGAAGGCUGGCUUAUGCGGCAGGACACGGAGGGGCUGGUUGAAGCCAUGGUGCCACCUGGCGUGCGACUACACUGCCUCUACGGCACUGGUGUCCCUACGCCAGACUCCUUCUACUAUGAAAGCUUCCCGGACCGUGACCCGAAAAUCUGCUUUGGUGAUGGUGACGGCACUGUGAACUUGCAGAGCGCCCUGCAGUGCCAGGCCUGGUGUGGCCGCCAGGAGCAAGAAGUGUCAUUGCAGGCACUGCCGGGCACUGAGCACAUCGCGAUGCUGGCCAACGCCACUACCCUGGCCUAUCUGAAACGCGUGCUCCUCGGGCCCUGAUUCCUAUGCUGGGCAGGGCUCUGGGAUGGGCUGGCCACCACUGCUUCUCCUGGCCUGUGGGGCAACCAUGGCCCAUGAGUUGAGCAGUUUGUGACUGAUCAUCUAAGGCCCUGGAUCUUGGGUUGUGAAGUGGGGAAAUGCUGGGUUUUUUAUCCUUCCUCUCUGGGAAUGAGGAAGGAAGACAUAGUCUGAAGUUACUUGAGGGACCCUUGGAAAGAAUGCUGCUGAUGGUGGAAUUGUGACCUCAGGACUGGCUCCGCAGGUGGAUUGGCUGGCACCUGGCCCCAAUCCCCAGUGCUAGGGCCUUGUGUUCCUCCUACCCCUGUGGCCUUUUCACACUCGCCCACCAGGGCCUGGCUCCUCAGCUUUCUUGUGAGGGAUGUUACUGAACUGUGGUCCCUAGGUUGGGCUCCCGGUCCCUAGGGUGUACCUUCUCACACAUUGGCCACAAGUCAGCCUGCUACUGGCCACGGGUGGCUGGAGCUGCUGUCUUCGUGUGGCCUAGCUGCUCACACAGCCUGACUGUGGCUUUCUGGGGGCAGCCCGGUUCCCCCCUGCAGGCAGGGGUGGGUUGUUAUGUUCUCCAUGGUUCCCAGGCCCUGGGGCAUUCACUCCUACCUCCCUUACUUCUAAGAACAGCCUAGCUCAGGGCUGGGCAGCAGAUGGACCCCCAGUUCUCGGGGCUGUGUCCCAGGAGCCCUGAUCUCCUUGGUUGGGCUGUUGCCCACAGUAUUGAUGCUGCCUCCCUUUGCCCUGGGGCUGUGGUUCAAGAAUGAGAGCAGAGCCUGAUGCCAUGCCCUUUAGGUACUCAUGAGGAAAGAGGACUCAAGGAAGCAGCCAAGGCCAAUCAGAGCCACCCUGAGCUGCCCUCUUGCUGACCCUCCACCACAUUGCCACCCUGCCCAGGAUCUCUCUAGCAUUCACGUGGGCUGGCACAGGACUGAGAGGAGGUAGGACUCUUGCCCACUCUGCCCAGCACCCAUCCCCACCAGGCAGCUCAGUGGUGUUUAGUCAGCAGGGACUUGCCCAGAAACUUGAGUGGGCCCCUGAGAGAGCCAGGUGCCUUAGGGGCCCCCUAGGGGUUUUCUUCCUGCUCCAGAGGUGCUGCAUGGAUCUCCCUGUGAUAGCAGAGAUGGAGGAUGAGGAUCUGCCUUGGUGGUCUCUAAGUGGGCAGUGCCUAAAGGCCAAGACUUGGGUCUAGCCUCUGGGGUGGAGCCCCAAAGCCACAGUCAGGCUGGACUGUGCUUCGCUCCUACAAGGUUUCUGUGAAGCAGAAUUUUCUCUGUUGCAUUCAUAGCCAGCAUCUGUCUCUCCCUUUGUUCCUGAGUGGUGGCCCCCACAUGGGGCUCUGAGCAGGCUGUACCUCGAUUCUGGCAAUAAAAGUAUUCUGGAUGCUGUAAAGUGCCCUGGCCUAGCCUCUGCCCUGAGCAUGAGAGGAAGGAGGCAGUGGAAGGGUGAGGGGGCUAGCGAGGCAGGUAACCAGAGGCUGGACCUUGACCUUGCUGGGGCCUUGAUGGGUUCUCUCAGCACCAAAGCAUGGCUCCUGUGCACCUCUUUGGGUUUUAUCCUCCUUCCCCCUCUCCUGGGAUCUAGUUCCCCUCCUAGGACUGAGAAGCAGGACCUGAAACAUUCCUGUUGGAAUGAAGCUCCUACCCACCACCCAACUCUGCCGCUCCUAUGUGGUCAACAGGCCCCAAAUGUCACCCCACAGCUGGGAGCCAAGGACAAUCCUGACGGUCGUGCUGUCUGGACUGCUUCCCAGCCUUCUGUCCUCCCUCAGCUUGCAGGUCUCAGCAUCCUUUGAAUUUUUUUUAGGAUGCUACCCUUCUACUUUGUUUCAUCAGUUCAUCUGCCCGCCAUCUGUCCCUCUUUGGGAACAGAGUGAGACUGAGGAGGGAGGGAGAGAGACCAAGAUGGGCAGAGAUAGGGACUGAAAGACUGGGGACCAAAUGGAGAUGGAUAAGGACAGAGGAACAAAGAGUGUGAGACAGGAAAACGUGUGUAAGGAUGGAGACUAGGCCAGAAGUCUGUGGUGCAGAGCCCAGAGCUGGGGGCCAGUGGGGGUGGUGGAAGCCCCAGUUCCUGCCUCCUCCACAGAAGCCUGGCCAGCUGGGGUUUUAGGUGUCAAUACACCGUGGGCCGCUAGAGGGUGCCCUGAAUCUUCUCACUACACCAGUUAUUGGCCAGACCUGGAAAAAUGGGUGGCCCAGAGGGUUAGGAUGCCUAGGAAUACAUAGGUCCAGCUGCAUCGCUGGCCUUGGUAAAAAGGAUGACAACGCGAAAGGGAGUAAACCCUUACCCCCAGAUCCUGCCCAGCCUCUUAGUGCCCUGACACAUACCCACUCAUGGCCUUGCCGCCACCCUCUCACCCCUGAUCUGUUUCAACCCCACUUCUACCCUCAGUUUCACAGCUCUACGUAGAGACAGGGUAUGGAGUCAGAGCAGGCUUCAGGACCAGCAGACUGGAGUUCAAAUCUGAGCUCUACCACUUCUAGCCAAGUAGCUUGGGGAGUCUCCUGACCUCCCGAAGCUUCGGUUUGCUCAUCUUAAAAAUGGGGAUGGGGACUUCCCUGGUAGUGCAGUGGUUGAGAAUCCGCCUGCCAAUGCAGGGGACACCGGUUCGAUCCCUGGUCCGGGAAAAUCCCACAU